AUGACCUCCAGAAUAAUAACCCGUGGUGUUCCUUGUGUCAAGAAACAAGAUACAACCAUUACAAGUGGUGUUCCGUGUGCCAAGGAACAAGACGAUAAUGCUCCCCAACGUACAGGAUUGAUAUCUAACU